AGCACCACCGUCAUGGACUCGUCGCUUUCGUUAUCAUUCAAUACGUUGAGUGUUAACAAGCAGAUUGAAAAUGACUAUACUUUGGCUGUGAAGCUUUUCAUGAACAAGAACUUUGACAAGUCUUUCAAGCUUAUCAAGGAGCUCUAUGAGCAAAGCUUUUCUGAGUAUGGUAAGGGACUCAUAACUGAGAGACUAUUUGUGAAAAUUGUCAAUUUGUAUCUAGUGGAGGUUGGAUUGGCACUUUCUGCUACAGCCACAUUGAGAUUGUCCCAGAUUGAAUCACAUCAAAUUGUGACCUCUUUGUUGAACAACGAGAUCACCAAACGUUUACUGGAGAUAUAUGGCUCAGAGUUGAACUUCCCAUUGGAAAUUGUGUAUAAUUACAACUUGCUUUUGGUGACGAAUAGGGAACUUUUGAUUGUAGAUGAUAGCGUGUUCUUGAACAAAGUGAGACGAAUGUACAGCGCCAUCGACUACAAAGCCGACAAGGAUAACAAGUAUUUGAAGAAGUUGGUUGACUUAUAUACUUUUGAGAUUUUGCCUCUCUUUGACGAAUUUGAUGAGGCACGGCAUGUAAUUGAAUCUCAUCCCAUAUUUGCUAACGACAUCACUGCUAGUUUGAAAAAGGUAGAAGACAUCCAGAGAGAAAAAUUGAAUAUAUUAGAGACCGAGAGACAAAAAAAGUUGGAAACGAAGCGUUUGGAGAACGAACAGAGAUUGAAGGAGGUCCAGAAGAAGAAGGAACUCGAAGCUCUGCAGAAUUUGACCUACAAAUCCAUAAAGGAGAUCCAAAAACAAUACUCUGCUGGCGAAUCUUCUACCUCAAGACAAUCAUCUGCUGCUGUGGAAGACAGCUCUCCAAGCCAGUUGCAACAUAUCAGAGAUAGACUCGUCUAUAGUUUGCGGAUGGUACUGGUGUAUUUGAAGGAAAAUUCACCAAUAAUCUUAAUUGCCCUCUUGGCCAUAAUACUUUCGACCAAGUUAAUCAACUUCCGUAAACUCAAUCUCAAGGACAGGCUCGUUGAGACAGUGAGAAUGGCUUUCAAAGUCAGCUAUUUAUGAACCUUGUACUCUAGUAUGAUGAAUUCGAUGUUUUCACGUGACCUUUUCCUAUUACGUGAUUGCAAUCUAUAUACAUAUAAUAUAAAAUAGAAUCUUUUCU